AUGCAGCGGCGGCCAAAUAUUCUGGUGACCGGCACUCCCGGCGUGGGGAAAACGACUUUCUGCCAGCAGCUGGCUGAGGAUCUCGACCUCGAGCACAUAAAUGUCGGAAAGUUGAUUAGUGACGAAUCAUUGUUUCAGGAAUGGGACGAUGAGCUGAAGUGCAGCAUUUUUGACGAGGAUAAGGUGGCGGAUAGAUUGAAUGAACUGCUUUCCUCGGGAGGUAAACUCGUGGAUUUCCACUCAUGCGAUUUCAUGGAACCCUCUUGGUUUGCUCUGGUGUUUGUCCUGAGAGCUGAAACACACAUUAUUUAUGACCGGCUCGCAGCUCGACAUUACUCAGAAAGCAAAAUUCAGGAAAACGUCCAGUCGGAGAUUUUCCAAGUCCUUCUCGAUGAAGCAACAGAAACAUUCGGGGAAGAAAAAGUUACACAACUGCAAAGCAAUGUCAUGGAUGACCUUACUACCAACAUUGCAGUGGCAACACAGAAGUAUCAGGCAGCUCUGGGGGUAGCAUGCGGCCAAUAA